AUGAUUCAAAACUCAGCUACUUAAAAGACUUUAUCUAUAAAUAGUCCAAAGCAUUUUGGAACAAUAUUUAAACGCAACUUGACUCUAGAAGAUUAGAGAUUAAAAUCUAUCUAUCUCAAAGAUAAGGAAACGAUGUUUGAAGAAAUUUAGUAACUUAAGCAGGAGAAGAAUAAUCUGAUUUAAACUAUACGCAAAUAACAAUCUUAGUUAUAAUAUUUCAAGAAAGAAGUAACAUAAUUUUAAAGAGAUGAAGCAAGUCCAACAUAUAAUUAUACAAGAUUAAAAUAAAGUUAUUUAGAGAGAUUAGCUUCAAUUUAGGUAUUAAUUGGAUAGUCUAUUUAGGAAGAGAACUAAAAAUUGAAAGAGGAAUUAGGUUAGACUCAAAAUUAUUUAAAAUAACUCAAAAACCCUGUUGAAUAAUAAAAUAUGGACAUUUAUUGUAUGUAAUUGUCUGAUGACAAUGUACAUCUUACAAAAAUAUUGGAAUAAAUUGAGAAAUAAAAUGAUGAGCUUUAAGUAAGCAUAUAAUCUAGCAACUUUAGAAAAUGAAUAAUAAAUUGACGAUCAAAUUGAAUGCACAAACUGUUUAAUGUUAGAAACUAAGAGGGUUAAACCAAUAAUUACUUUUAGAAAUUGAUAUUUUAAGAAGAAAAUAUAUUUUAUAUGAUAACAAACCUUCAUAAAGGGACAUUUAGAAGGUGGAUGAGAAAGUAGUAAUUGAAUUAGAAUAAGCUAAAAUUGAUAUAAGAAAUUAUCAAUAGAAAAUAAAACAUUGGGAGAAUAAAUAUAAUAGUUAAUUAUUGGAAGAUUAAGAAAAAAUAAUAUAUUUAGAAAAAAAAAAUAAAGAACUUUAAAAGUAACUUUCAAAUUUAGAAUUGUAAUUUGAAUAAGAAAAGUAAUAAUACUAAUAAAUGCAAUAAUAAUUUUAAUAAUAAAGAUAUUUGAGAAGAACAGUUGUAUUAAAAAAUCCUUAAUUUUUUGAUGAAUAGGAAUAAAAGAAUAAUGAAAAUGAUAUAUAAAUAAAAAAGAAUACAUUAGUAGAUAAAAAUGAUGUUUUACCUAUUGCAAAGAAAGUACGUUUAAGAUUGAUUGGUCUUAAAAUGUCAUUAAAUGAUGUAGAAAAGUAUCUUUUAACAAGUGAUAAUUUGACUUUUAAUUAAAUAGAAGAAAAUUUACAUUAAAGUAUUUUUGGUUUAGAAGAUUCAAAUGAAAUACAUAUGUUAGCAGGCUACUUAGCUGAUAUUGAAGAUGAAAAUGAGAGUACUACAAGUAGUAGAGUUAGAAGUAUAUUUAAAACAUUAAUGGAAAAUUAUAUCAUUUUAAAUCAUUAAUAAUUAGAUACAAUAAAUUUUACUAUUAUGAAUAAAAAAUAAGAAAUUUAAGAAAUAUUAAUGAAAAAAUAUCCAGAAACAUUUACAAAUGGAUAUAUGAAAAUUGAAGUAAUAAAUAAUAUAUUAUAAAUAGAUUUAUCUUGAUAUAUUAAAUCAAUUAGAUAUACAUUUUAGUAAAAUAGAGAUAGAUCAUUUAUAAGCUCUUAUUACUAAAUAAAAUCGUUCUCCUAGAAUUCUUCUAUAAUAAAUUUAUGCUCCCUUCUAUAUUCCAGAAAUUUAAUUAAAUAGUAAUCCAAAUAUAGAUGAUGAUGAAUUAGCAAAUCCUCUAAUUGGUGAGAAUCCAAUGUUAUCUGAGAAUCCUUUAUUCUCUGAAAAUCAAAUGUCAGUAUCACUCGAAGAUCAUGAAUAAAUGAGUGUUUUAGAUAUUAAAAUGUGUAAUUCUCAAGAAUUAAGAAAGAAAAGUUAAUCUGAAUUACCUUAAGUUUGA